GAUCGCGCGCGCCGACUCCAAUCCGCACCGAACCGCGCGAGUGAACACUUCGAGAUUUUAAUAACAAACAAAAAAUGUGCAACAUGUGUACCCGUGAUGUGACACCGGUCGUUGAGGCCCCGCCGCCUCCCCCUAAGCAUCAUAAACACCUGGAGAGACUGAAGCACAAACAUAAUAUUGUCACCGACCCCAACAACGCCGAGAAGCAGAAAGAAGUAGCGUACCAGCCUGACCUGCUAGCCAUCUCGACCCAGUACACCAAGAUAGGAUAUGACCUGUUCAAGGCUACCAUGGAACAUCUGCAGGAGACAAAGGCAUACGUCAUCGCGACGAAAACGUCUCAACCCUUCCACGUGGCCCUGGCCAUCGCAGUACUGGUGUUCUGGCUGAGCAGUCCCGGGUCGGACGCGAGCCUUCGUGGCUGGCGCGCGCUCUACGUGGGCGCCGUCGCUACGCACCUCGGCGCGCAAGUGUGGAUGACACUCGUGUCAGGCAUAGUGCUGUACUUUUCGCUGCCCCGUCAUGAGUUCGGACGAGUGCAGACGGUUCUGUUCCCGACGUACUACGCCUUUAACGCGGGCAUCUCCAUGCUGGCUCUUCUCUCGUACUUCCGCAUGCAGUGCCUGACGAAAUUCGCGUAUACUUCGUAUGCACAGUUCGCGCUGUUGCUAGCCGUAUUCAGUAUUGAAGCGUACGUGCGCCUGCGCCUCGUCAGCCCCAUGCUGCGCGCCAAGCACAUCAAAACACAGAUGGAAGAAGUCGCUGGUGGUGGACAAGAGGUCGGUCGCCUAAUCUUAGGCGAGCUCGCACACUGUCCCCGCUACCUGCGCGUUCUCAGGACCUUCAGAAUGUACCACUCCUCCAUCGCCAUGGGCACCAUGAUCGCUCUCGGAUGCUCCGUCUACUCCACCAUGAUCAUCGUGGACUCCAUGUGCCAUUAGGCACUGGCUCUACGCCGUAUUCAAGUGCCAUUGAAUACCUUGUUGAUACAAGAUUCAAGAGUAAAUCACAUUGUGGGCAGCAGUCCUACAGAGAUGUAAAUGCAGCUUUUUGAAUAACUUCAUUGAUGCAAAUUCCCGAAGAUGAAAAUAAGGGUUUUGGACGGCCUUCCCUUGGUAUGCAGUUAAGCGUGCGUUUCAUUGUUACGACUUUAAAUUUUAAAC